CCCUGUGCCGUCGACCAUGAGCCAUAUAAAUGUUGCUGCAGUGCAUGUUCAUGAGCCACUGCUCUCUCACAGCCACGCACGCAGGGACGAUUUGUGAAAUUUUAUCCUUGCCUGGGUGGAAAAAGCUGAGGAGGAAAACAUGUCCAGAAUGGGACAUUCAUCACUUGUGGGUUUAUUUCUUGUCAGUUAUGUCUGUAACAGCAGAGCAAUGCCGGCGACAGUGAAACAGGAAGUAAUGAAUGACAGACCUGUGAUCGGGAUUUUGACUCAGAUCGUUUCAGACGACGUCAUGAAACCUUUCGGCAAGACCUACAUACCUGCCUCCUAUGUCAAAUACACUGAGUCUGGGGGCAGCAGAGUGAUGCCUAUCAGGUUGACCCAUACUACUGCAGAAUAUGAAGAAAUCUUCAAGAAAAUUAAUGGCUUGAUUUUCAUCGGUGGCGCUGUAGAUUUGGAGACAUCAGACUUUGCCAGGGUGGCGAAGAUUUUUUACCAGCUCGCUCUAAAGGCCAACAAUGCAGGCGACUUCUUCCCGAUAUGGGGAACAUGCAUGGGCAUGCAGCUUCUGACUGUGCUGGUGGCUGGAGAAAAUCUGCUGGAAAAAACCACAGCUGAGAACAUAGCGCUGCCCCUAAACCUGACCACAGAAGCCUAUUCCAGUCAGAUGUUUAAAGGUUUCUCUGAUGAGUUUAUGAAGAUAUUGACCCAAGAACCUCUGACUGGCAAUUUUCACCACUACGGACUGACUGUGAAGAUUUUCCAGGAAAACAAAAAGCUGCAGAAUUUCUUUACCAUCCUGUCAACAAACAUCGCUGAAAACGGAGCUCACUUUGUCUCAACCUUAGAAGCAAAGAGCUAUCCAUUCUAUGGAGUGCAGUGGCACCCGGAGGUGAACCGAUUCCAGUGGGACUCAAAGCUCAACUAUCCUCACUCGCUCCAUGCUGUGCAGUUAUCAUCGCAAAUGGCUGAGUUUUUUGUUAAUCAAGGACGGAGAAGUUCACAUCACUUUGAUAAUCCCAUGGAAGAGGCCUCAUCACUGAUUUACAACUAUACACCUGUUUAUGCUGCAAACUUCACUGCAUAUGAGCAGAUUUAUUUCUUCUGAGAUCCUCCAGGGGCUCAUUUUGCUUAUAUAUUGUAUUGUAUUUUAUUGUAUUGUUAAGUGCAACACAUCAGUUAAACCCACACACACACACAGUCUGCUGGUUGUAAUCAGUGCUUGGACUGAAAUAAACAGACUUCAGAAAUGUGUGGGCUGUUCAGAAAGGAUAAGAGGACUGACCUUGCACUCGAGCGGUUUGCUUUUGCAACUGAAAUGCAGGGAUGUCAAUCAUUUUCAUCAGAAAGCAAAUUAAAUGUAAUAACAUUC